AGCUAAAAAUUAAUAAUACCCACAAGGACAGCAGUAGCUGUAUACCCAAUAAGAAAUUCCCAAAAUUUAUCUCUUUCUUGUUCCAAUAAUCCAACACAAUCUUGAACAACAACUGUAGGUCAUAUAACAUCAAGAAAAUCCAAGAUUCAGAAAAAAUGGCAGCAAUAAUCUCAUCUGGUGCUGCUGUUACAACUCUUUCUUUAUCCUUCACACUAAAACCCAUUUCAUCUUCUUCUUCUUCUCCUUCUCUGUUUGUUUCAGCACCCAAGAUUCAAACUUUAUGUUCUUCUAGCUCACUUUUCUUCAACAGCAACAGUCAACUGUUUCUGGGUCCUCCAACAACUACAAGAAAAGUAAGGAGCAACAGCAAAAGGGGUCUUUCUUGUUACUGUUUAUUUGGACUUGGAGUCCCUGAGCUGGCGGUGAUUGCUGGUGUUGCUGCUCUUGUUUUUGGGCCCAAACAGUUGCCUGAAGUUGGCCGUACUAUUGGCAAGACUGUCAAGAGUUUUCAACAGGCUGCAAAAGAGUUUGAAAGUGAGUUGAAAAAGGAGCCUGAUGCCUCUGCUCAGCCCCCAGUCGAAAAGGCCAUUGAGGGUAGUCAAGAAGAGAAGCAAGACACAAAAGUUCCAAGCACCAAGGAAAGUUCAUAAAUGCAGUUUGCCUCUAGCUAUAGCUUCUAGGCUUUUACUAUUUUCUACAACACGACUGUUUCUUUGUAUUUGACUAGUUGUGUUGAGCUAUUGUAUUUAAUUUUACAUUCCUUGAUUUUCCCUCAUUGACAGGUUAAGAUCAAAACUUAGGUAAGUUAACCAUUCCUUAGCUCCAA